GAUGUCGGCGAAUCGGCAAUGAGUACCGAGUACACAUACUAUUAGAUUGUAAUAUUAAGUACUCUUAAUUGCAUUUUAUGCCGCAAUCUCGUUUUUGCGGGCACUGCACGUCCCGUGGAUCCUUCCACAUGCCGAGCGUCGAUGUCGAAGCCCCCCCAUUGGAUAUUUUUUCAAAAGUUCUUCUCAGUGGGUCAAAUAAGCGUCCAAGCAAAGUGUUUUAGGGAACAAGGCAGCGCGCAGAUUACACUAGCAAUGACCCUGAAAUAUGCAGCCUGGAUGCACGGCAACGCCAUCCGGCAUUCCAACAACUGGAACACUACGUACACGGAGACAUCAGCGGUGCUGCGUCUGGGCAGUGGCAGUCGGACCGGUGUUGUCCACCUUCCGGUGCCGGCGCCCGUGAUCAUCGAUGAUAGACGCCUGCGUUUUAUGUCGGUGCUGCUGCGUUACCGGUCACGCGGCGGAGCCACCGUCACCGGCUUAAGUGUCUACGACGGAGAACGCUGUGUGACCAGCGCCUGUCUCAGCCACCAAGCGGCCAACUACGACUGCAUCCGGGUGGAAGUCAAGGACCAACCGCAAGUCUUGUGGGGACCCAGUCUGACGGUGCGCAUUGAUUUCGGGAAUAACAGUGAUGCGGCGGUGGAGAUCGUCUCGGCUGGAAUUGAUUUUAGGUGGUAAUUUUACACCAGUUCCUAGUUUACUGGUUUACCAAUAAACACACAUUAUGUACAAUAUUGUUUGUAUGUUGUCGCCGUACCGCUUGACUCGGCAUUUCAGAUAAAGUUUGCUUAUGCGGAGCAGGCAACUUACUGGUCAUUGAUAAGCGAUAACUCACUUCCUUAUAAUUCGGUUAAUAUACGAUACAGCACUAAUACUACAGUAUUGUGGCUGGUAAUGAAUAAA